AUGGUCCUGAGGCUCCUGCUCCUCCUCGGUGGGCUGCUCAGGGCCACCAAGCCAGCACCGCGCUGCGAGACCGGCCAGGAGACCCUAGGUCAAUGCCAAACUGUACAGAAAGCAAAAUGCGUGGAUAUUGCCCUGAGUUCUUGUACUGAUGUUGCCUAUACUCAAAUGGUGUAUCCUAACUUUCUGGAUCAGAAGUCUCGAGAGGUGAUUGAGUACAGCUCUGAGUACCUGCUUAUCAGCGUGCUGCACAACUUACUGCAGGGGGAAUGCAAUCCUGACCUCAGGCUCCUGGGCUGCUCAGUGCUGGCCCCGCAAUGUGAAAAGGACAAAGCCAUAAAGCCCUGCAGGCACGUCUGUGAAAACCUCAAAAAAAAUUGCCUUCCUGCCUUUGAUGCAAUAGACAUGGCCUGGCCCUACUUCUUGGACUGUGACCGGUUCUUCGCUGGGGAGGAAGAGGGGUGCUUCGACCCGCUGGCAAAGCUGAGAGGGGAAGUAGAUGCUGAGGACGAUUUGCCUUCAGACUUGCCAGCAACUUUUAUUCAGUUCAAACACCAUUCAUAUUCCCAAAUGGUGAGCACACUGAAGAAGACUGCUUCUAAGUGCUCCCACAUUGCAACAACUUACAGCAUAGGUCGCAGUUUUGAAGGGAAGGAUCUUUUUGUGAUUGAGUUUUCAACCAAGCCUGGACACCAUGAACUGCUCAAGCCAGAAUUUAAGUACAUUGGCAACAUGCACGGGAAUGAAGUUGUGGGGAAGGAACUGCUGAUAUACCUCGCACAGUAUCUGUGUUCAGAAUAUCUUCUAGGGAACCCUCGCAUCCAGACCUUGAUUAACAACACCAGAAUUCAUCUCCUGCCUUCACUCAAUCCUGAUGGGUAUGAACUGGCUGCAGAAGAGGGGGCUGGUUACAAUGGAUGGGUCAUUGGACGGCAGACAGCUCAGAACUUGGACCUGAACAGAAAUUUCCCAGAUUUGACAUCCGAGGCUUACAGAAGAGCCGGGAUUCGUGGGGCCCGUCUGGACCACAUCCCCAUUCCACAGUCCUACUGGUGGGGUAAGGUGGCCCCUGAGACAAAAGCAGUCAUGAAAUGGUUGAGAUCUAUCCCAUUUGUGCUCUCUGCCAGCCUCCAUGGGGGUGAGCUGGUUGUGACCUAUCCUUAUGACUAUUCAAGGCAUCCUAUGGAAGAAAAAAUGUUCUCCCCUACACCUGAUGAGAAGGUGUUCAAAAUGCUGGCUAAAGCCUAUGCAGAUGCACACCCCGUCAUCUCGGACCGGUCCGAACUUCGCUGUGGUGGGAAUUUUGUCAAACAUGGGGGUAUUAUAAAUGGUGCUGAGUGGUACAGCUUCACUGGAGGUAUGGCAGAUUUUAAUUACCUGCACACAAAUUGCUUUGAAGUUACCGUGGAGGUAGGAUGUGAAAAGUUUCCUUUGGAGGAAGAACUGUUUACAAUCUGGCAUGAAAACAAAGGUGCCCUUCUGAAUUACAUGGAAAUGGUUCAUCGGGGGAUAAAAGGAAUUGUGUCUGAUAAGUUUGGCAACCCGAUAAAAAAUGCUCGUAUUUCAGUCAGGGGCAUUCAGCAUGAUGUCACCACAGCCGCCGAUGGAGACUACUGGCGACUCCUGCCUCCGGGGACGUACAUCAUCAGCGCCCAGGCGCCGGGGUACAGCCGGGUGAUGAAGAGGGUCACCAUCCCUGCCAGGAUGAAGCAGGCCGGCAGGGUGGAUUUCGUCUUGCGGCCCGCGGAGGCCUGGCCCAACAAGCUCCUCCGCCGCUCCAUGGAGGACGCCUACGACCCUUACGACCCGCUGGAACUUUUUGACCCUCACGCACAGCACGGGCAGCCCGAGGCUCGAGGAGGGUCCUCACCGGGCAGGGAGAAGCCCUGGUGGUGGUCCUACUUCAGCUCUCUGGAUCUGCACAAACCUCUGUGGCUGCUCAAGCAGCGCUGA